CCAGGCUAAUGAAAUUGCAGAGUCGCCCUCUCCCCGGGGUGCUGCUGCUGCUGCUGCCGAGGAUGCUCCGGCGUUACUCUUUGCUUUCAUUUCAGGGGUGGGACUUCUGCAGUCAGUAGGAGGGUUUGAAUGAAUGCAGUAUGAGGCAUCAGCACAGAUUCCCAAAAUAUCUUUGCUCAGUUACUCACUGCCCAGUCUUGCAGGAUUCCCACACGAGAGCAGUCGCUGGAGCAGAGAAUCCCUAGUCGGUCCCCCAGCCUGUGUCCUGGGAUGUCUCAUCACUCGCUCAGCCACUGGGAUAUUGCCUGGAAUGAGCUGAGAGCUCAGCAGCACUUUGGGCAUUGACUGCAGCAAACUCUGGCCAAGACUGAGGGUUGAAUAAAUGCCAUGGAGAGCAAAAUUAUUGACUACGAGUAUCGGAUCAGUGUGAUCAGAAACCCCCCAGGAUGGGAAAUAGGGAUCUACAUCGCUGGUGCCUUGACUUUACUCGGUGUAACUGGUCUGUACCUCUGGAAACUAUAUAAAUCAGGAAAUUACCCAUCGCCUUCUCCGUUCCCCAAUUACGACUAUCGAUAUCUCAAGCAGAAAUAUGGAGCUUCCCGCUCGGACGUCAGGAAAAAGAGACAGCCUGCUGCUGCCAAACCUGCAAACAACAUGGCGAAUCUUAAUGAUACCUAUGAGAGCAUCGAUGAGUUUGGCCCCGUAGAACUGAUGAACAAAGAUCUUGAAAUGACACCUUAUGGAAUGCUAAAGAAGUCUGUCUCUACGGACUCUGUUAGCUCAAUUUCUUCUAUUGGAAAUAACUUUGGCCAAGACAUUACAGUGGGACAGAUUGAAGUGACCAUGGACUAUGAUGUCCACUCUAACAGUUUACACGUUGCUUUAAUACAAGGAAAAGACUUGCUUGAAAGGAAAGAAGACGGGAAUUUCGAGUCUUGUUUUGUGCAUAUCAGUCUUCUCCCAGAUGAGCGAAUUGUUGGCAUUUCCAGGAUACAGAGAAAAGCUUAUUUAUUCAUGUUCGACGAGACGUUUUCAAUCCCGCUGGACCCGCUGGCGCUGGAAGAGAACAGCCUGAAAUUCUCCAUUUUUGGGAUCGAAGUGGACGAUAGGAACGUCAGCACUGGAGUAGCGGAGUUGAAGCUGUCAGACCUCGAUCUGGCUCUGCGCCCAUUUAACACAUGGAUAUAUCUGCAGGACGUCAACAAGGCCACAGAUACUGUAGGAGAGAUCCUGCUGUCUCUCAGUUAUCUCCCGACUGCUGAACGACUCACGGUUGUAGUGGUUAAAGGGAGGAAUCUGAUCUGGACUGAAGGAAAGACUAGUGCAGACCCAUUUGUAAAAGUUUACCUUCUCCAAGAGGGCAGGAAGUUAAGCAAAAAGAAGACAGCAGUGAAAAGAGAUGACCGGAACCCAGUUUUUAAUGAGGCAAUGAUAUUUUCUGUGCCAGCUAUUGUACUGCAGGACCUGUCGUUGAGGAUCACAGUUGCAGAAUGCGGUGAGGGUGGGAGAGCAGAGAAUGUUGGACAUGUUAUCAUAGGUCCUUCAGCAAGUGGAAUGGGCAUGACCCACUGGAACCAGAUGUUGGCCACCCUGAGAAAACCUGUGUCCAUGUGGCACCAAAUCAGACGAAAUUAGUGGUAGACAUCUUCAUGAUUUCUUUCUUAAUCUCUAUAUAUCAUUAAUGGCAAUAACCGGAGCUCAAAGAAACAUCAGAAACUGGAAUAUUUUGUGUAUAUAUAUAUAUAUAUAUAUUUUGCAUGGGACUUGACAGCAACUCCCUAAUAAUUUGAUAAACUGUCAUUUACGUUAUAAAAAGAUUUCCUUUUGUGCCCGUCUAACCUUGCAGAAGAAAUGUCUGCUGUCUACGCUAAGCAGAUCUGGGAUGUCCUGAUGUUUUUAAUGAACACGAUGGGGCAGAUUUAUCAAGGGUCGAAUUUCGAAGUAACGGGAUUUUUUUUGAACUCCCAUAACUUCA